GUCCGUGCUAAAACGAACAUACGAACCGCCGGAGGAUGUAUGCAGCCAUGUUGAAAACAUCACUAUGUAUGGAAGAUCUGUCAACCCUGCCUUUCCUCCAACACACUCUACGAACAGCAAUUCUACAAGGUCAAAGGCCAUAUCAAGUCACAAAGGUCAAAGGACACCAACCCCAUUGAACAGAGAUGAUGGAUCAAGAAAGAAACAGGGUAAAACUGAAACAGGUGAAAAAAGGAAGCAGUCUAGGGUCAAAGGUCAUGAUCUAUCAGCCACUGGGAAGAGUCUUCAUGUUCCUGUUUAUAAACCUAUGCAAGCUCCUGUGAGUCCACAGAAGUCUGAUGUCUUUCAUAAGUUGUUAUCAUCGGAGCUUCAUCCUGGCCAUACAAAAUCAGAUGAGCUUGAACUUCGACCUCUUCACGUCAAAUGCAGCUGUGGAAAUCUGAAGAACCGAAAGCCAGGUGUUGUUUCACCAAUCCAGUCAUCCUCAAGUGAUGAAAGUGAGGAUGAGGGAGAGGGUGAUGAGAAGGAUCAGAGAGGCUAUGAUGUCGCAGAUUUGAUUAAGCUCCUGAUCAUACAGGAGACCAAGCAAGGCCAGCAGAGGUCUGGGAGCAUCCUCAGAAAUCUUGCCAGGAGUGUGACUAUUGGAGAAGAUGUGACAGAAGUCCAACUACAUCAGCUCCUUCGUCUGGUGACAAGUCAUAUUGGAUGCGUCAGAGAAGCAGCAUUGUUAACCCUCAAACAGGCAGGAAAGAUAUCUCAUCUAGCUAGUAUGCUGUUAGAAUCAGGUGCCUUAGGCAGGGUAAUCAUGUUGCUCCAUGGAGAACAUGAAGGUGCUGUUAUCACCGCUGGAUGCCAGUUUUUAGAAGAGAUCACAAGCCACAAUGCCUUGAAAGAUCUUUGGCUAGAGGAGAUGAUAGUCACUGGCCUGACCAUUCUGAUUGGUCUGUUAUCAAGAGAUGGGAGGAACCAAGCCACUACCUCUGUCCAUUCAGAGCGGGCAGCUGCUUGUCUGCUGAGCAAGCUAGCCAAUCACCUUCAACUAGGUAUCAUGAUGUUGGAUCAUGGCAUGGAUGACAUUGAGGUGGCCUUCAGGAAGCAGUCAUCUAUCAGGGAACCAAUCACAGAACUGUUAACCAAUCUGAUUCGUCAUAAUGAUCACACUGCUGGAGGAGUCCUCAAUUACAAAUUUACAUCCCUUGUUGCAGUGGCACUCAGAGAUGGUCCUUGCUGUGUUCAGUGCAAAGCAAUGGAUUUCUGUAGAGAGCUGUGUGUGUAUGAGGCUGGUAUCCAUGCUCUAAUUAAAGACACUAUGCUACUAGCCACCUGUCUUCAAGUCUUAAAGUCAACAAACUGCAGGUAUGUCCGAAGACUAGGCACCUCUACUCUGGAUGCCCUCCUGAGAGGGUCAAACACCAGGCAACUCCAGGCAUUGUUCAAUCAAACCAACCUAGCAUUCAAUGAGAGGACCCAGGUCCAUCUGGAUCCCAACCGUCGCAGAGCAAAGGAUGUGUGGAUACCCCUGACCAAACAGACCUUUGAGAUGGAGUAUGGUGAUGGAGAUCAAAGAGAACGGAAGGGAGUAGAUGAGAAGAUGAAGUCUGGAGUCAAGGAGAUAGUGGACCUAGUUGUACAUGUGAUUCUAGUGGAAGGUAAAAUCCACACAGAUGAGAAGAGCAAUGUGACAGAUGUGAGGUUUCGGCCGACUCAUGAUGAUAUCUCAUGUCUUCAAGAAGCUGUUAACUGUCUGAAAUCUAUAGCAAACAUGUCUGAGGCAAUCAUGAAUUCCAACUCAACGCAUCGUCUUCUGAUCUCCCGUGGCUCUCUUUGCCUUAUUGAUCUUCUUCACACCUUCUCAGCAACAGUCUUUGGUUUCACCAACUGUGUUACCCCAGACACAGACAGGCAGCAACGAAACCCAGAGGCACUCUAUCUUCAGGCAUCUAUGAAGCUCUGGCAAGGAGCAGCAAAAAGGACAGACUCCAUCGUAGAUGUUCAGGAGUUCUAUGAUGAAUCUAAGCUGAGUUUUGUUCGGUCAGUCCUGGAAUUUUUGUUGUGUUUGGUCGAAGCAUCGUGCAAUAGAUGGAGUAGGCAGUUAGUUGGACAACUUGAAGAGCAAGUUCUUGAAUCAACCAACUGGAUAGAGGAUGGCACUGACGACGACUCUACUGCUCUUCCUGCACAGUAUAAGUACAUUGAGAACAUAGGUCAAGCUUUUCAUGACAGGGGACUCCCCAAUAGCAGAGGGGUCAAAGAGCGAAGGUCAAAGGUUAAAUUUGCAUGGGAUGAAAAUAACGAUCAUGACGUUGGGAACAGUGGUCGGCAAUGUGGCCCAAAACCUCAUGGGUCAAAUUCAAACAAUAGUAAUAACAAGAAAAGACAUGAAAAUCAGUGGGAAACCUCUGUCAAAGGAAACAGUUAUCACCAUGGCAAUGGGUCGGGAGAUGACCUUGAAGUGACCCAGAGGAGGCAGAAGGGUCAGCUGGUGGUCAAGAAGGCACUGGUUAAGGGUGGGGUCUGUGAAACGGUUUCAUCAUGGAUGACGUGUGGAGAGGAGAGAUUAGAGGGAGUUGCAUGUGAUGUGAUACAGUGUAUAAUACAACCUCAGGAUCCUGAAGAAAUCCAUAGGUUUGCUACCGAAUCAUCAAAACAGCUCAACCCUGCCCAGAGACAUCAUGCUAGAGCCCAGGAGAUGGCCGACAGCCUUGCUCAAAGGGAUGCUCUCCUCUCAAAGAUCCUAUCUCAGAUGUCCAUAGAGACAGCUGACCUCGUGUCAGACAGUCUUCAGGUCAAAGGUCAAGAUGGGGUCAAGGGUCACAGUGAGGUGAAGGAAGAUGAGAAAUCCAAGAUUAGCAAGAAGAAAAAAAAAGAUGAUGAUGCUAUUUCUGUAAGUAGUACGUCAACUUCAGCUACAGCAUCAAAGCUAAGUAACAAGCAUUCGGUAUCUGCUUACAAACCAACAGUUAAAUCAGACAAACCGCUGGCAUACCAGACUAGCCUUACUGUUCUGGAUCUUAGCGGGAAACAGCUAUUAAAGAGUCUCAACCAAUCUUCAUCUGAUGUCAAAAGAAAGCAGUUUUUAGUGCUUUAUGAUCUAGUGGCACAUGGAGAUGUUGUUAUGCAUAUGACACUGGCAUCUUAUGGACUACACUCAUAUUUGAUACAGUUUAUCCAGAAGAAUGUGCAAUACUCGGUUAAUGUCCUCAUUUGCCUUACUAUUCUACGCAAUAUGAUGGGAGACCAGCGAAUCAAGCAGCUCUUUAUCUCAGAGGGUGGGGAGAAGUUCCUUCAACGGGUCGUCAAGGCAACCAAAGGAGCGGUCAAACUACAUGCUGAGAGGUUUUUAUCUUUCUUAUCUCAAGGUGCAACUGGUCUGGUCUGGUCAUAAACUCAACAUCUUGGAAAUUUCAGCAAGAAACUAGUCACAUAGGAUGGAAAAUACUAUACCUGUUGAGAUAUGUAUAUAUCUGAUUGAGAAAAGAAUUUUAUUAUAAACAAUACAUGUAUUUGAUUAAUUGAAAAACAUCAUUCAUUUUCUGAAGUGAAUCAAUGUGAUAUUAUCACCUUCCUGUAAUUUACUUUUAUAGUCUUUCAGGUUCCUAAGACAGAAUCAUUUUUAUUGUACGCCCAUCCUCCGUUACGUAUUAUGGUAUUACGCA